GAUUUUAGGUGAAAAAUAUGGACUCUGCUACUUGCAUGCAUUAAUUUUCCAUUAUGCACUCUGCUACUUGCAUGCAUUUAUAUAUACACUGAAUUAGAUCAAUUUCGAAUUCUAUAAGCCUUUUUACUAAAGAGUGGGAGCAAAUAUAUGAAUAACAAAUAAAUUGUAUAUCUAAUAUCCUGUUUCUGCUUUGGACAUACGCUUAUUUGCUGAUACGGAGGAUCCCGCUUGUCUAUAUAAAGAAAUAGAGGACAAAUUGCUAACAAGCUUGGGAAAUCAAACUCACUGAAGAAUCAAAUAGAGAUCCACAACAUGCAGCAAAGACUAGGCCAGCAAAUAAUACUGUUCCCACUGCCACUGCAAGGACAUCUGAACCCCAUGCUUCAGCUUGCAAACCUACUUUAUUCCAAAGGCUUUUCCAUCACCAUCGUCCACACAGAGUUCAACUCUCCGAACCCUGCAAACCACCCCAACUUCACCUUCCAUGCAAUUGCGGACGGUUUGAAAGGAAGCCAAGCAUCCACUCAAGAUUCUGUGGUGCUCGUUUCCCUCCUCAACAUUAACUGCUUUACACCAUUCCAUGAUUGGUUAUCCGAGUUGUUGUCUUCCAAAAUUUCUGAUGGAGAAUCCAUUACUUGCUUGAUCACUGAUGCCAUUUGGCACUUUGCUCAAGGCGUUGCAGAUCGCCUUAAUAUCCCACGGCUUGUAUUGAAGACCUCCAGUGUCUCCUCCUUUGCUGGUUUCGCUGCUAUUCCGCUUCUGCUUGAAAAGGGCUACCUUCCCAAACGAGAAUCUCUACUAGAAGAGCCUGUACCUGAGCUUCCACCGCUUAGAGUGAAAGAUCUUCCCGUGAUCAAAACGCAUGAUCCAGAGGACUUUUAUGGAUUGAUGUCUAGUGUGGAGAGAGAAACAAAUGCCUCAGCGGGAAUCAUUUGGAACACCUUUGAACAACUUGAAGAAACCUCAUUGAACAAACUCCGGCAGGAGAUAGGCAUCCCCAUAUUUCCCGUAGGACCAUUGCACAAGUUCUUUACCGCAUCUUCAAGUAGACUACUGGCACAAGACCUGAGCUCCAUCUCCUGGCUAAACCAGCAAGCAACCAAUACUGUACUUUAUGUGAGUUUUGGGAGCUUAGCAACAAUUACGGAAACUGAAUUCUUGGAGAUAGCUUGGGGUCUGGCCAAUAGUAAGCAACCCUUCUUGUGGGUUGUCCGACCAGGGUUGGUAUGCAACUCAGAAUGGCUUGAACCAUUGCCAAAAGGGUUCCUGAAAAUGGUAGGAGGAAGAGGAAAAAUUAUAAAGUGGGCACCACAACAGGAGGUGUUGGCUCACCCUGCGAUUGGAGGAUUUUGGACUCAUAGUGGAUGGAAUUCCACAUUAGAGAGCUUGUGUGAAGGGGUUCCAAUGAUAUGUUUUCCUUGUAUUGGCGAUCAAAUGGUGAAUUCGAGAUAUGUUAGCCAUAUUUGGAAAGUUGGUGUAAGCUUAGAGAAGAGGCUAAAGAGAGAGGAGAUAGAAAGAGAAAUUAGAAGAGUAAUGGUAGAGAACGAAGGGCAGGAAAUGAGGGAGCGAAUAAUGUAUUGGAAAGAGAAGCUAAAUUCUUGCUCAAGGCAAGGUGGCUCUUCUUACAACUAUUUGGAGAGUUUGGCUGCAUAUAUUUCGUCAUUCUAGUAUGGCAAUAUCUUCGUAAAUCCUCUGUUUUUUGCUUUAGCUUUUCUCUGUGUUUGAGAUAUAUAAUUCUGUUGCGCUGAUAAAUGUUGGAUGCUCCUAUUAGCUUGUCACAAUCCUGUCAAAUUUAGUAAUGAAGAAAAAGAUUGUUCCUAUCAA